UUUUCGUUAGCUGGGAAGAUUGUACUUUUUUGUAGCUACGAGAGGCGUACAUCAAACAAACUCAACAAUACAGACUGAUUAUAAUGGCUGGAACGGCUUCAGUAGCUGGCGAAGUGUUCGUCGAUGCUUUGCCAUAUUUUGACCAAGGUUACGAUGCAGCAGGUGUGAGAGAAGCGGCUGCAGCAUUGGUGGAGGAAGAGACCAGAAGAUACCGGCCGACCAAGAACUACCUGGGCUACUUGCAAACACCCGACUUCUCUACUUUUGAGACGGAGAUCAUGAGGAAUGAAUUUGAGCGGCUGGCGGCCCGGCAGCCCAUGGAUCUCCUGAGCAUGAAGAGGUAUGAGCUGCCAGCACCCUCGUCAGGACAGAAGAACGACAUCACGGCGUGGCAGGAGUGUGUGAACAACUCGAUGGCCCAGCUGGAGCACCAGGCCGUCCGCAUCGAGAACCUGGAGCUCAUGUCGCAGUACGGAACCAACGCAUGGAAAGUCUACAACGAUAACUUGGCCUUCAUGAUUGAGAUGGCUCAAAAGGAACUCCAGAAAUUCAGGAAGCAAAUUCAGGAUUUAAACUGGCAGCGUAAGAAUGAUCAGUUAGCCGGAGGAGCCAAACUGAGAGAGCUGGAGUCAAACUGGGUGUCUCUGGUCAGUAAGAACUUUGAGAUCGAGCGAGCCAUCGUCCAGCUGGAGAACGAAGUAACUCAGCUCAGACAACAGCAGGGGGACGAGAACAAGGAGAAUAUACGCCAGGACUUCUAGAUGUCACCCUCGCAGCACUGAUCUACAAACUGGUGACCCCUCAAUCAGAAAGAUGUCGUCUUGUUUCAUUAACCGACUGCACUAAGAAGCAACCUGGGGAGGGAAAGUCACCUGUUCGGAGGAGAUUUAACGGGAAACGGCUCAUGUUCAACUGCAUCAUCAAAUAACUUUGACGUUCAGAAGGAGCGGCCCAGAAACCUCAGUGAAGACGCACAUCUUCAGCCACUAAUUCUACAGUGAAAUAUACAGUGAAAUCUACAGUGAAAUAUACAGUGAAAUCUACAGUGAAAUAUACAGUGAAAUCUACAGUGAAAUAUACAGUGAAAUUUUUCUUUUCUUUUGAACUUUACCUUUAUUUCCCCAAAGGUAAAAGAUAUUUAAAGCGAGACUAUGUACGGUUUUCAACAAGAUAAGUCAUCUUACAAAAUGGAGAGUUGAAUUAAUAUGCAAUAAAUUUAAUAGAUUUUGGUGAUUUAAUGCUAGCAAAAUAGAAAUGGAUAUUAUGUUGUUGACAUUUCUAAGUUGGUUUAUUGGCUUUAGGAUCAUUUUUCUUCUUGUGCUACAGUUAUUCUAGCAUUUAACAUUAUUCCAUAAAUGUCCGAAGAAACAUGUACAUAAUCUCGCUUUAAAGUGUAGUUCAUAACCAGCGUGUAGGUUUCAGUCUUCGAGGCAGACUAGAAUCGAGUGUACAUAGUUUGUCAAGUCUGUCGGCAAAGUAUCUCUGUGAGCCUCGCCUUGACUUCACGUACUUUUUUUUAUGAUGUUUUAAUAAAAUAAACAUUUCUUGUAUUUUCUA